CGGACCCAGUUCUUCCGAGAGGGCAUCUUAUCCCCGCUCACGUGAGGGUAGCUCUUUCCCGCCCACACACUUGCCAAAUUGACCCAAAAAUCUUACCGCGCUUUCAGCCAGCCGUUCGACUCUACCAUCCACAUCACCACCAAGCACAUCAUUCAUCAUGGGUAAAGUUCACGGAUCUCUUGCCCGUGCCGGCAAGGUCAAGUCUCAGACUCCUAAGGUUGAGAAGCAGGAGAAGACCAAGACCCCCAAGGGUCGUGCUCUCAAGCGCCUCAAGUACACCCGUCGCUUUGUCAACGUUACCCUCACUGGUGGCAAGAGAAAGAUGAACCCCAACCCCGGCUCAUAAACGACUCGUCAAAUCGACAGGAAUUGCGGUAUCGGGAAUGUUGGCUUACGGACACGGUUCAACACAACAAUGGUUGGCUUC